AUGAAUAAUAAUAAUAAGAGUAAUAGUACAGUAAUAAUAUUAAGUGACAAAGAAUCAUAUAGAAUCAAUCAAAUACCAUCACUAAAAUGGGUAGUACAGAAUAAUACUGGUUCUUUGAUACAUGAAUUGUGUAAGAGAUCAAAAGAUAAUCAAAGAUCAUUAUUAUCAAGAUUACAAGUUGGUUGGGCAACAUUGGAUAUGAUAGUGGCUGUUUGUUCACCUCACACCUAUCACAAAUCAAUUACCUUUCAGAUGGAUACAUUUGACAAGAUAUUCACAUACUAUCAAUCUGCAUUUGAACAAGAACACUUUGCUGUUGACAAUGCAGUACUUUCUGGUAACUUUGAAUUGGUUGAAUAUUUAUUGGACAAGGGUACACCAUUCACAACCAAUGCAAUUGAUAAUGCUUGUUCAAAAGGUUACCUAGAUAUAAUUAAAUUAUUAUUAAAUACAACACCUAGAAAUGAUCCUCUUUUAUUUGAUGAUAAUAUUAAAUUUACAAAUCAUGCAUAUGAUAAUGCAGCGACAAAUGGUCAUUUAAAUGUAAUAUUAUAUUUAGAUCAAUUAAGAGAACAAUAUCAAAAGGGUGAGUCAAAGUAUAGAGUUGAGUUUACCGUCAAAGCUAUUGAUGGAGCAGCAAAGAAUAAACAUUGGAAUGUUGUUAAUCAUAUAUUGGAUAAAUAUAAAAAGGAUGGAGAGAUGAAAGGAUACUUGUUGACGAGUGAAGCACUACAAUGGUGUAUUGCAGAUAAUAACUUUGAAAUGCUAAACAAACUAUUCAACUAUGCACACUCUGACAAGGGAUGGAAGAAAUGUGGAAACUGGUCAACCAACGGACUGUCAAUGGCUACAGAGCAGGGUAAUAUGGAUAUGAUCAAAUGGAUCAUUGAUCAAAAGUUGGUAGAAACACUACAAGGACAUACAGUAUCAUGUGCGGUUGAAGGUAACCAUAUUCGAAUCAUUCAAUACUUUUUGGAUGUACACAAAAAGGCCAGUAUACGUAGUGGAUUUAGAACGUUUCCAUUUGACUUUGCUCUCAACUUUGCUGUCAUUGGUAAAAGAGUGGAAAUAUUUCAGAUGCUCUUCUUUGCAUGUCUAGAGAGUAAUGCAGGGUUUGACUUGCACAUGAUCAUGGAGUUGGCUUGUAAAAGUGACUGCAUUGAAAUCAUGACGUUUAUCAUGGACAAUUAUGCGUUGGUCAUGAAUGAACUGAUUGUCGAAAAGGCUGCAUCGUAUGGUCGACUUGAAAUACUCAAGUUUGUGAUUGACGAAAAGGGUGGGGUCGUCCGUCAGGCCGAUAUCGAAGAAUGUGCAGAGUCUGCCAGUAUAGAGUGCAUGGAAUACCUUCUCUCCAAGUUUACGGGUGCCUUGUCAUCCCGUACACUCAAGUUGGCGUGUCGAAGAGGAUGCAAGAGAAUGAUCGAGCACAUUCUCUUGCGAUAUAAUCUCGACCAAUUCAGAUCACUCAUUCCAACAUUUUUCGAGGCUGCCGUUGCAUCGGGGUCAAUCGAAUGUAUCGAUAUUAUUAGAAAUGCAUAUGUUAGUAUCGGGCCUGAUACUGAUACUCCAUUAAUAACAAUUAAAUCAUUGGGACAUGCUUUGGAGAAUGGCCAUCUUCAUGUGAUUAAACAUCUCAUUGAUGUUUAUCCUCAAAUUUUGGAUCCUAGUACUGAUCAACCUGAGGAUGAAGAGUUGAUGGUUGAAUUUAUCAAUGAAUCAAUCAACAGAAGAUUCUAUACUUCAGUCGAGUAUCUUUUAAGUAUCAAAGCAGACCGGUCUGUUCAAACGUUGGUAUCGGAAGAAUCACAGACAACAACACCAGAAUACAGGUUUAAAGCAACAAAUGAUGUUUUACAAAUGGCAAUAGAAACUAAAAACAUUUCAUUGAUUGAAAUGAUUCAUCGGUACAGACCACACCUGACCAGUGUGAAUCCAGCCAUUCUACUUGCCGAUGGAUACAUUGAAGCGUAUCAAAUGGUGAUGUUGUGGAAUCAAGAGAAUGGUUUCAAUCAUGCAGAAUCCAAUCCAUACUAUUUCCACGAUACAUAUUGGUUCAAAUCAGCACUUGUCAGUGGGAACAUUGCUCUUAUUCAAUACAUUGUCAAUGAGAAAAAGCUCUUACCCAUUCCAUUCAGAUCGAAAAAUCAACAUGAUGUUGCACCAAAACAGAGCCACCUUCAAACCAUUUAUUAUAUACGCAAGGAGAUACAAGAUCACAUUUCAACCUAUUGUAUAGCAAAUCUCUCAUUAUUCGCCAUCAUGUCUGAUAGCUAUUCAGCUCUCAAAGUAAAUUGUAACAAAGAUACUGUAUUCCAAUAUUUCUCAGACUAUCAUACUCGAUCUGCCAACAAUAAUAACUUGUCAAUUCUCAGACUAUUGCUCAAACGAACAAAAAAUGAGAAAAUAAAUAAUUAG